ACCAGAAGAGUCCACUUCUCAGCGACUCCUGGGAAGUGGAUGUGGCAGAAGGGAGCCGGGCAGCAUGAUUCUCCUAGCAGUGCUUUUCCUCUGCUUCUUUUCCUCAUACUCUGCCUCUGUUAAAGGUCACACAACUGGUCUCUCAUUAAACAAUGAACGGCUAUACAAGCUCAAAUACUCCACUGAAGUGUUUCUUGAUGGGGGCAAAGGAAAACUGCAAGACAGCGUGGGCUACCAGAUCUCAUCUGAUGUGGACGUUGUGUUAUUGUGGAGGAAUCCUGAUGGUGAUGAUGACCAACUGAUCCAAGUCACGAUAACGGCCGUCAAUGUUGAAAAUGUGAACCAACAGAGAGGAGAGAAGAGCAUCUUCAAAGGCAAAACUACACCUAAGAUCAUAGGAAAGGACAACCUGGAAGCUCUGCAGAGACCCAUGCUGCUUCAUCUAGUCCGGGGGAAGGUCAAAGAGUUCUACUCAUAUGAAAAUGAGCCUGUGGGCAUAGAAAAUCUCAAGAGAGGCUUGGCUAGCUUAUUCCAGAUGCAGCUAACCUCUGGAACCACCAACGAGGUAGAUAUCUCUGGGGAUUGUAAAGUGACCUACCAGGCUCAGCAAGACAAAGUGGUCAAGACUAAGGCCCUGGAUACAUGCAAAAUUGAGCGGUCUGGAUUUACAACAGUAAAUCAGGUAUUGGGUGUCAGUUCAAAAGCCACAUCGGUCACCACCUAUAAGAUAGAGGACAGCUUUGUCACAGCUGUGCAUGCAGAAGAGACAAGGGAUUUUGCCUUGAACUUCCUAAAAACCAUUGCAGGAAAAAUAGUAUCCAAGCAGAAAUUGGAGCUGAAGACGACUGAGGCAGGUCCAAGGAUGGUACCUGGGAAGCAAGUUGCAGGUGUAAUUAAAGCACUUGAUUCGAAGUACACAGCCAUUCCCAUAGUGGGGCAGGUCCUCCAGCGUGCCUGCCAAGGGUGCCCCUCUCUGGUGGAUGCCGUCACCUCUGCUCAGACUCCAGACUCAUUGGAAGCCAUCCUGGACUUUCUGGAUUUCAAAAGCGACAGCAGCAUUGUUCUCCAGGAGAGAUUCCUCUAUGCUGUUGGGUUUGCCUCCCACCCCGAUGAAGAACUCCUUCGAGCCCUCCUUAGUAAGUUCAAAGGUUCGUUUGCGAGCAACGACAUCAGGGAAACGGUUAUGAUCAUCAUUGGAGCCCUUGUCAGGAAGCUGUGUCAGAAUGAAGGCUGCAAGCUCAAAGCCGUGGUUGAAGCCAAGAAGCUAAUCCUGGGUGGACUUGAAAAGCCAGAGAAAAAGGAGGACACCAUGAUGUACCUGCUGGCUCUGAAGAAUGCCUUGCUUCCCGAAGGCAUCCCAUUCCUUUUGAAGUAUGCUGAGGCUGGAGAAGGGCCCGUCAGCCACCUGGCUACCACUGUACUCCAGAGAUACGAUGUCUCCUUCAUCACAGACGAGGUGAAGAAGACCUUGAACAGGAUAUACCACCACAGAAACAGGCGGCCCACCCCCGCCGCCGCUGUCAUCUUAAAGAACAACCCGUCCUACAUGGACGUGAAGAACAUUCUGCUCUCCAUUGGGGAACUUCCCAAAGAAAUGAAUAAAUACAUGCUGACCUUUGUGCGAGACAUCCUGAAUUUCCAAAUGCCCUCGAGCAAAAUGAUCCGCCGGGUCCUCAAGGAGAUGGUUGCCCACAAUUACGACCGUUUCUCUAAGAGCGGGUCCUCUUCUGCCUAUACUGGCUACAUUGAACGUAGUCCCCAUGCAGCAUCCACAUACAGCCUUGACAUGCUUUACUCUGGCUCUGGCAUCCUGAGGAGGAGUAACCUGAACAUCUUCCAGUACCUCGGGAAGGCAGACCUUCACGGUAGUCAGGAUAUUCAGCUGCAAUCUGGACUAAAGGCUAAUAUGGAGAUCCAGGGUGGUCUGGCUAUCGAUAUUUCGGGUUCAAUGGAAUUCAGUCUGUGGUAUCGUGAGUCCAAAACCCGGGUGAAAAAUCGAGUGGCUGUGGUAAUAAGCAGCGAUGUCACAGUGGACUCUUCUUUUGUGAAAGCUGGCCUGGAAAGCAGGGCAGAGACAGAGGCGGGCCUGGAAUUCAUCUCAACAGUGCAGUUCUCCCAGUAUCCAUUCCUAGUCUGCAUGCAGAUGGACAGGGCUGAAGCUCCAUUCAGCCAUUUCUACGUCACCAAGAGCUUGCAUCAAAUCCUCAACAUCCAGUCUGAGAAUGAAAAGAAUACAGAAGAAGCCAAGUCAGAAACAAGUUACCUUUAA